AUGGAAUUUGCCUGUCUCAGGGGUGUCCCAGACGCCGCCGCCACGGCUGGUCGGUCGCAGGGCAUCCGGCAGCUGCUCCAGGCCGAGAAGCGGGCCGCCCAGAAAGGGUCCGAGGCCGGCAAACGAAAGAACCGGAGGCCGAAGCAGGCCAAAGCAGCAGCCCAGGCUGAAACUGAACAGAACCGCCUGCAGAGGGAGAAGGAGUUCAAGCCCAAGGAAGCUGCCGCUCUGGGAUCCCACAGCAGUUGCAGCGCUGAAAUGCAGAAGGACACGCAGGAGAAGAUAACCAUCCUCCAGACUUACUUCCGGCAGAAUAGGGUUGAAGUCCUGGAUAACCUCUUGGCCUUUGUUUGCGACAUCCGGCUAGAAAUCCAUGAGAACUACCGCAUAAAUGGAUAG